AUGGACAGAUCGUCCAAGGCAGACCCACAAAGUGCUCAGACACAGGAUAUACUAGAGCUAUCGCCCCAAGAAAGUUACCACACACACAAAGAAGCGUUACGUGACAUUGUCGCCAACGAUCACUUCGGCGGCGGCGAAGAGCAGGUGCCCGAGGAAAUCGUCGAUCAAUGGGUCGCCGUGAUGGAGCCUGGAAGUAAGAUCCCACUACCCAACAACAUCAGGGGGUUCUAUGGCGGGAGUCUCAAGGCUAGCAUUCCAAUUGAGGUGGCCCGCGGCUCGUAUAAGCACAUCAUAUACGAAAGCGUCGACAAGGAGAAGGUGAACAAGUACGCUCGACGGAUGCUCAUCGCGCUUUCCGUGCUCAACGUCGAUGUUCUGGUGGAAGAGGAACCAGUACUCGGUGCCACUGCAUUGUGGCACAAAGCAUUGGCUCAGGUCCGCUUGCGUGACUGCAAUGGCUCCUUAGGCGUGACAUUGCAGCAGUAUGGGGCGGUGCGUCCCAAGGUCAAUCUGAAAGACUUCAAGAUGCCGCAACCGACGCGUUUGAAGACACGCCUCAUGUCAGUGGCACAAGAGCUUGAUGAAUACGCUACAUUGGACACACUCAAUGCGUGGCUACCGAAUUCUUAA